AUGGGUGAGCUGCCACCAGCUGUGGUGAUAGACAAUGGCUCAGGUCUGCUCAAGGCUGGCGUGGCUGGGGACAAGGAACCGCGUGUCAUCUUCACCAACCUAAUAGGCCGCCCCAAGGCCAAGUCUGUGAUGUUGGGCGCUGGCCAGAAGGACUUCUACAUUGGAGAUGAAGCGCAAGCAAAGAGAGGGAUCCUCUCCCUCAGGUGCUUGGAAGACAUGGGGGAAUUCGAACCGUAGGGAAGCAAUACAUAUUGGCUACGCUAGUUUCUUAGGAGUGGGGGUGUCUAGGGAAACAAGUGGCCUGGGAUGGUACACAGAAGGGGAGUGGCGAGGUCAUGCAAAAAGUGGUUCAGGCUCAUGAAGGCUAUAGUGUCACAAUAGGGUAGAACGGUGGUGGUGAUUUCAGGCUUGGGGGCCAAAUGCAGCCCUCCAAGCCUCUAUUAUCUGGUCCCUGGGACUUUGCCUAGAAUACCCCCCUCACUGGCCCUGCUUCACACUGGCAUUGAGUGUUUUUGCCUGGCUGGAAUGUGCCCUUUAACUCUGAUAAUGCCUCUUGCUUUCCUGAGAGAAGGUGUGUGAAUGUGUGCAGAAGCUAGCUAAAGGCAAAUGUUUGCAUUUAUUGCUCCACCCACUUUUGCCUUUUGUUCCAGUCACAAAUAGCAUGUGGCCCAUGGAAGGUUACCCAAAAAAGGAUAGGAGCAGCCCAGGGAGGAGGGCAGUGGCAUCAGGGGAAAUGGCCAGGAGGAGGGGUAUAAGAGCAAUGAGAGAGGGGCUGCGCCCGCCAGCUGAAACAGCGGCAUCCUUUUAUCUGCAGCUGUGAGUCACUCUUGAAAACGAACAAAUUAGAGGUCAAAAUGGAUGAGUGAUUACAGUGGUGCCUCGCAAGACGAAAUUAAUUCGUUCCGCGAGUUUUGUCGUCUUGCGAUUUUUUUCGUCUUGCGAAGCACGGUGUCGGGAAAGUUUUCGAAAAAUCACCAAAGUCUUUAAAAACCUCAAAAAAGGCUACCACAUCGCGUUCUAUGAGUUCUCCUCGAAGUCAAGUCGCAACUGUAUUAACAGUGUUAAGAAAAAGGAAACAAACUUGCAAGACGUUUCCGUCUUGCGAAGCAAGCCCAUAGGGAAAAUCGUCUUGCGAAGCAGCUCAAAAAACGCAAAACCCUUUCGUCUAGCGAGUUUUUUGUCUUGUGAGGCAUUCAUCUUGCGAGGUACCACUGUAUUACGUCAGGAUAUCUGCUCAAUUGUAAAUACUUAGCCUCCCAAUACAACUGAAAUUUACAUUUCCCUUUUUGACAAAGACUACAUUUUGUAAAAUCUUAAGGUUAUUCACUGAUUGGUACUUUCUUAUUUUUAUUUUUUACAUAUAAUUGAAAUAGAAAUAGAAAUACUUUAUUGUCACUUGUAGAACUUGUAUACAGUGAGAUUACACGAGCACCCCCCACUCAGCUCUUUUAGUCUUAAUUCCCCUCAUUUACUGACGCACACCCACCAAACCCGAAAGUCAGUUGCCCUGUUGUUAUCUUUUCAUUCAGCAGCCUAACAGCCCACAGAUAGAAGCUGUUCUUUACCCUGUUAGUGCAACUAAUCAUGCUUCUAUAUCUUCUAUAUCCUAUACAGGAGCAGUGUGAAAUCUUUUUCCAAAUUAACAAAGCCAAAAUAGUCUUAUUCGGGAUAAACAGGUUUUGGGAGGGCUUCACAAUAAGAAACACAUUGGUCCUGAUCGAAAGAGUUGUCCUGAAAUUUUAUUCAAACGCAUGAGUCUGGUAAAUUAUGAAAAUCCCCACUGCUAUAGGCUUAACCAAAUUUUGUAGGCUGAAGCCAAUGUGUGGAACCCUACAUCAACAUGGCUUCUGUUAACAUGUUUAGGAUUCAAAAUUUAGGCUGUCAUCUAACUGCACUAAUUAGCAAAUUAGGUCAACAUAAAUGAAUAGGACUAGUUCACAGGUAAAAGCAUCUGACAUUCAAAUUGACUUAUUUGCAGAAGAUUCAUAGUCAAAUUCAAAAUGGCCAGACUCAGGGGGGAAAGAGCCAAUUUUGCAAUCUACAGUCCGGGUGCAAUUUGUUCUGGAAAUGUCACGGUCCCACCAAUGCAAUGCCUAGUAACAGGGUAGAGUGAGUUUCAAAGCUUAUAAUGGAUUGAUAGUUAUCUGGAGCAUUCCUCUAUGGUUUGCAGUGUAUCCAGUUUCACACUGAACUUUUCACCCCAACUCCACCACACAUAUGAGUUAGACAUAAGGUAGCUAAAAUCAGUUUGGCUUUGUUUUCUCAUACUGUGUUUAAAAUGGUGGUAGAAGGGCUGGCACUUAAAAGUCUUUGGUACACAUCUAUAAUACAAAUGAAAUUGGUUUAACAGUCAUGACCACCUCACCCCACCAAGAAGCACCCUGGCACAGGUACAGUUCCCAAGGUUUAUUAGCUAGGGCCCAUGAGGGAUGGGUGAAUCUAUCAAUGUUGGUUUUGCUCAGUUUUUAGUUUUUCCAAUCUUAAAUUCAGUUCUCCACAUUUCUACAUCAGUUGGCUUUUUUUUUUAAAUGAAGUUCUCAUGUAAAUGCAUCAGCAUUUUAGUGCAUUUACCAUCAUUGCUGCUGUCAGUCUCCUCUGGAGUAAGGAUAUGGGAUUCAGCUAUACGUCAUCUAACCUGAUGAGAGGACUCUUCCCCACUGAACAGCAUUUAAGGCAGGCUGCUGAGGUGUUCACUGAAGUGCAAUAAGACCUGCAACUGAGUUGGCACUUCCAGGAGGCUGGGGAAGAGACUUGCCACCAUUGCUCUGCCUGGCAAUAGCCUUUUGGUGCUGUCAGCCUCCUCUGCAGGAGAUGUGGGAGCCCUGCUUGUAUGUCAUCUUUAUCCCCACUCUGAACAAUAUUUAAGUCAGGCUCCUUUGGAAAGUAGCAAGACCACUACCAGAAAUGUUAUUGUUGGUUAACUUUUGUGUUUGCUUUGAGCCUAAAUUGGGGUAUUGGGGGGGAUGCUGAAUUUAUUCUGUGUUUGCUAAAUUGUUGAUUUUUGUAUUUUGAAUUAACUGACAUGUUCCAUAUGUUGUGUAUUAUUUUAAUGUUUUGAAUGUUUGUUGUAAGCUGCUUUGGGCAUAGUUUGUUGUGGGAAAGUGGCGUAUAAGUAAAAUCAAUCAAUCUAGAAAUGAAUCCUUAAAUCCAUGACAGUAAAAAAAAAAAGUUUGAAACUGCUUCCGAUUCAUCAUCAUGGAGCCACACUCUUCAUGAGGGAUUUAUUUUCAUUUACUACAGUUAUCCUCAAGGCAGCAUAUAUGGUUCCUCCUUCCCUUCCAUUUCAUCCACACACCAACCCUAAAAGGUAGUUUAAGUGGAGAGUUAGUGACUGGCCCAAGGUCAGCCAAUGAACCACACAGCUGAUAAAAAAUUUGAAACCUGAUGUUCCAGAUUCAAGUGCAACACUAGACACACUUAGCACUUUGGUUAUUUUCUGAUUCAAUGUGUUUUUACAUACACUUGCACAUGAAAUACAUAGAGAGUACAUAAAAUGCUGGCAAAUUUACUAGUACAAGAAGUUUGCUAUGUGCUUUCAUAAGGGUACAUAGGCAUUCUGCAUUUUAAAGCUGGGAAUGCUAAAGGUUUUGGGCAUGACAGAUUAUGAUAAUAUAAUACCACCAUCUUCUUUUAUUCUAUAGAUAUCCAGUGGAACAUGGAAUUGUCACUUCCUGGCCUGACAUGGAGAAAAUAUGGAAGCACGUUUAUGAUAAUGAAUUGAGGUUAAACUCCUGCACAAGACCAGCUCUGAUAACAGAGGCACCACUCAACCCACUGGCCAACCGUGAACAAAUGACAAAGCUGCUCUUUGAAAAAUUUGAGGCACCAGCUCUCUACGUGGCCAUCCAGGCUGUCUUGGCACUCUAUGCAGCAGGCCUCACAACAGGUUGUGUGAUGGAUUCUGGCGACGGCGUCACCCACACUGUCCCGAUAUUUGAGGGCUACUGCUUGCCUCAUGCUGUUCUUCGGCUUGACCUGGCAGGCCGGGAUCUUACAGAAUAUCUCAUGAGGAUCCUGAGGGAGAGCGGCAUUGCGUUGGUGAGCACAGCUGAGAGAGAAAUUGUGCGAAUCAUCAAGGAGGCUCUGUGUUACGUGUGCUUGAAUCCUGAGGAAGAGAUGGCUAAAAAACCUACUUCAAUUGAGAAAACCUGGAAAUUACCUGAUGGGCAAAUCAUUAAAAUCCACAACCAAUUGUUCCGCUGCCCUGAGACCCUCUUUCGCCCAUCUAACAUUGGCAUGGAAGCCCCAGGUAUUGAUAAACUGCUGUUCAACACUAUAAUGAAAUGUGAUAUCGAUUUGAGGACCACUUUGUAUGCCAACAUACUCCUUUCUGGUGGUUCAAGUCUCUUUCCUGGCAUUUCUGAUCGCCUCACAAAGGAGUUGAUUCGUAUGGCUCCCAAGGACACGGAGGUGAUGGUCCAAGCACCUUCUGACAGGAAGAUCUCUGUCUGGAUGGGAGGAUCUAUCCUUGCUUCUCUCUCUGCCUUCCAAGAGAUGUGGAUAUCCAAGGAAGAAUAUGCUGAAGUUGGGGCCAAUAUAGUACACAGGAAGUGCUUCUAG